CUGCUGAGAUGGCUCUCCAAGUGCGCUUCUGCCUCCGAUGGGAGUGCCUUCUUCUGGCCAUCCUGCUGGGCUUCCCCCCGAUCCAGGGGCUCGAUCCCUGCCAGGACCUGUACAAGGCGGCCUGCGGCAACUGGUCGCGCACCCACGCCGGCGAUCCCUACUGGAGCCUGAUGGACCAGCUGGACUACGACUACCAGGACAAGCUGGCCGCCUUGCUGGAGCAGGAGAGACCGCAGGAGGAGCCACGCUUCGUGCAGCCCCUCAGGGACUUCUACGCCUCCUGCCGCCGCCCCCUGACCCUCGACCAGGUGCUGGCCAUCCUGGAGAGGAUGAGGCGGAGCGGGCGGCUCGAGCCCCUUGAGCUCACAGUGGCCCUCACUGCCGCCUUCCGGCUGAGCGUCCUGGUGGAGAUGGAGGACUGGGCGCACACCUGGCUGCAGCUGCUCACCCGCGACGAGGACUGGGAUCCGGAGGAGACCCACAGGGAGCCAAUGAGUCGCCAGCAGUUCGACCUCCUCUGGCUGGACCCGCCCACUGGCGCCGCACCCCCCAAGGAGGCCUUCUGGGUGGAGGUGCGCAGCCUGGAGUCGUUCCUGACCACGGACCCCGCCUCCUCCUCCUCCUCAACCUCCCUGCAGGAAUGGGUGCCCGCCUUCUGGAUGCUGCCCUGGCCCAAGUCCAGGCCCCCCAGCGGAUUCCUAAUGCGGCUGUCCCGCCUGCUCGCCGAGCUGAGCCCCGCCUUCCUGCUGCCCUACAUCCAAAUGAGACUGAGGCUGAAGCGGAGUCUGGAGGAGGGAGCCACCUCCAAUUCCACCUCCACCUUGACUGGGGAUUGGAGGAUCGAGCGGUACGAGUGCGCCGAGCAGGCCAGGCAGCUAAUGAGCCACCCCGCCGCCUGGCUGGUGGAGCGGAGCCACCCGCGGCUGAAGGAGGAGCCCGCCCUGCAGCAGCUCUUCGAGGAGCUCAAGCGGAGCUUCGGCCAGGAGCUGCGGGCGAACAGGAACGGCUUCUCGCGGCGCACGCAGGGCUUCCUGCUGGCGAAGCUCGACAGGAUGCGGCUGCGGCUGAGCGUGCUGCCCAGGAGCGGCUCGCCGGAGUCCGUGGAGCGGCGCAUCGAGCGGCACUACGAGAAGGUCCAGAUGGACCCCAGCGACUACUUCGGGAAUCUCUGGGCGGCACUGCGCCCCCUGAGACAGCGGCGUCGCUGGAGGAAGGGGAUGGCCUCCGGGAGCGACCUGUUCCCCGUGGGGCUGAACCGCUUCGGCAGCUACGCCUCGCCCUUCUACCUCGUGGAGCACAACUUGCUCAUCGUGCCUCUCUCGCUCCUGGGACCCCCGCUCUACUCCUCUGAGCAGCCGAGGAGCGCCACCUACGGAGCUCUGGGCUUCGUCCUGGGCCACGAGCUGAGCCACGGCUUCGGACCCGACGGAGUGGCCUUCAGUGCGCGAGGAAAGGAGAACGCCGCCGUGGAGAGGGAGCUGCAAAGGAACCACCGCUUCCAGCGGGAACUCCGCUGCCUCCGGCGGAAGUUCGGGGGGAAGCGGGACGAGAAGUUCGCGGACCUCAGCGGACUGCAGCUGGCCCACUCCGCCUACCGCCUCCAUUCCGAUCCAGAUGCUGAUGACGAUGAGGAGCGGCGGUUCUUCCUGAGCUUCGCCAGGUUCUUCUGCUCGGACGAGGGUCGGAUGGAGAACAGCCGGGAGCACGGGAGCGACAGGAGGAGGGUCAACGACGCGGUGGCCCAGUUCGAGCCCUUCCGAGCGGCCUUCUCCUGUCCGCCGGCGCGGCAUCGCAGGCAGUGUCGCUUGUUCUAGGAUUUAUUGGGUGACGAGUGCCAGGAUGGGAUAGCCACUUAAACAGCUAAUACCGCCAGUUAAUAAAUACGCAUACUCCAAGUGGCAUUUGGAUGGACUUA